AACACAAUUGUCAAAAGGUGUGGUGGAAGGAGAAUCUAGCUACUUCUAUCUGGAUAUCGAUCAGUCAUAUCUUUUCAAUCAAAUCAAACCCUCCUCUCUCUCUUAAAAAAGAAAAAGAAAAAAGAGUCCAUGUCGAGCAUGUCCAUGUCGUCCUCCUCAGCUCCAGCUUUUCCACCGGACCACUUCUCAUCUUCGGAGCAGCUCUGUUACGUCCAUUGCAGCUUCUGCGACACUGUCCUUGCUGUGAGUGUUCCUCCGAGUAGUUUGUUCAAGACCGUGACGGUGAGAUGUGGCCACUGUUCGAACCUUUUGUCGGUGACUGUAAGCAUGAGAGCUCUUCUUCUUCCCUCCGUUUCCAACCUUGGCCAUUCCUUUUUACCUCCCCCUCCUCCUCCUUCUCCUCCCAAUCUUUUGGAGGAAAUGCGAAGCGGAGGGCAGAAUAUAAACAUGAACAUGAUGAUGAGCCAUCACGGCGCAGCUCACCACCCGAACGAGUCUUUGGUUAUGCCGACUCGCAACGGAAGAGUGGAUCAUCUGCAAGAGAUGCCUCGGCCACCAGCCAAUAGACCAGCCCCAGAGAAGCGACAAAGAGUACCAUCUGCAUACAACCGAUUCAUCAAGGAGGAGAUCCAACGUAUAAAGGCAGGCAACCCUGAUAUCAGCCACAGAGAAGCCUUCAGUGCUGCUGCCAAAAACUGGGCUCAUUUCCCUCACAUACACUUUGGUCUCAUGGCUGAUCAUCCUCCCACCAAGAAGGCUAACGUGCGCCAACAGGAAGGAGAGGAUUCGAUGAUGGGAAGAGAAGGCUUUUACGGCUCAACUGCCAACGUUGGGAAGUUGAUAUAUUCCAACACAAAGAAUUCAACAAAGAAAAAAGGCUUAUUAUCGAGAAAAACUAACUGGGCUUUAGGAAGCCCAACAAAGAAAAGCGAAGGGGAUCUACAAGAAAGAAGCAUGACGACCGGAGAUCUCGUGAAUAUCCAUCCUACUGAGCUUAAAUUCCCUUUUGAGUUGAAGAAGCAGAGUUCGUGUUCGAUGCAAUUGACCAACAAGACAACUACUCAAUGUGUCGCUUUUAAGGUUAAAACUACCAAUCCUCGCAAAUACUGUGUCCGUCCUAACACCGGUGUUGUCUUGCCUGGCGAUUCCUGCAAUGUUACAGUGACGAUGCAAGCCCAGAAAGAGGCUCCUCUUGAUAUGCAAUGCAAAGACAAGUUCCUUGUUCAGACUGUUGUUGUCUCUGAUGGUACUACUUCCAAAGAAGUCCUCUCUGAAAUGUUCGACAAGGAGGCUGGCAGGGUGAUUGAGGAUUUCAAAUUGCGGGUUGUUUACAUCCCUGCUAAUCCCCCUUCACCCGUCCCUGAAGGCUCUGAAGAAGGCAACUCUCCUAUGGCUUCUGUCAACGAGAUUGGCUCUCAAACUGCCUCACUAUUUGAUGACGUGUCGAGAACGUUUGAAGAAACAAAUGAGAAAUCUUCAGAGGCGUGGUCUAUGAUUUCCAAAUUGACCGAGGAGAAGACUUUUGCUACUCAACAAAGUCAGAAGCUCCGACUGGAACUGGAAAUGCUGAGGAAAGAAUCAAGCAAGAAGCAGUCAGGAGCAACCGUCAAGCCAUGCCCUCCCCCUCCCACAAAACAAGCCACCACGAAAUGUCCAAGAGACACUCUCAAAUUUGGAGUGUGUGGGAGCUGGUUAGGUCUGGUUCGUGAGGUCAUCGGUACACCACCGAGCCAGGAAUGUUGCUCACUCAUCAAAGGUUUGGCUGACUUUGAAGGUGCCGUUUGUCUGUGCACCGCCCUUAAAACCAGCAUUCUCGGAGUUGCUCCGGUCAAAAUUCCCGUUGCUCUCAGUCUACUUCUCAACUCUUGCGGCAAAAAUGUUCCUCAGGGAUUCGUCUGCUAAUAUUAUUAUGUGUCCUCUGUCUCCCUUAAUCAAAGAAAGAACGUUCCGAGACUUGGAGAUAGUGGCUUGUAUUAUAUUGUAUUUGUAUAUGCAAAAUUUGCAAAAAGUGUUAUGUUUUGGUUAAUUUGAAUAAUACAGUCCUAAAUCU